GUUCAUCCUUCAGCACCGUUUGAAUCCUAACCGAAAGAGGAUUCCUUUGACGUGACCGCGAACCGUUACGGAAUUCCAAGCUUUAAAUCGCCGCGCAACAUGCUUUUUCCAGCUUCAUACCGAUAACAAAGCUUUACGGAGCUUGGAGAUGAUGUGAUGUUUUUGGUGUGUAUUUUUGAUAUUAGUAUUUGUUCCACUGAUGCUUAUAAAAUCGUUCAUGGUGCUAGUCAUAUAGAUUAAAUCACAAAUUUCGUGAUUUCGUCGUGCCAAAAACUGGAAGUGCAAUACUAGUUACCAGUACUCUCGAAUAGUUACCGAAAAGUACAAAAUAUUAUUGUGAAUCUGUGAUGGGAAGACCAAACAUAAGGAAAUACAAGAAAAUGUCGUCGGAGGCGGUGACAGAAAGAAGAAAGGGCACAGAUAUGCUUAAACGCUCAAAGUCAGUUAGAGCAUCUCUGAAGCUCAUCGGGCAUAAGCUCAUACACCACAGGAAUAUGCAGAAGACGCCUUCGAUGUCCAACCUGCACGAAUUUAAGAGGAGCCUAUCUUGCGGAGAAGAAGCAUCUACCGCUCUAGCCAUCCUUCCGGAAUUCUACGCCCGAGAAGCAGUGGAAACCAUCCUAAAAACGCCUCUUCCUGACGUCAAGGCCAAACAGAAAAAGGAGAAACUCAAAGUGUCCACUCCACCGCCUUCAGUACCUCCGAAAGCGGCCCAGGUACUGCAGGUACCGCUGAAGGGGAACCAGGAACUGAUGCAAUUGGUUCCUCAAGAGUGCAGGGUAUUGAGUGAGAGUUGCGGAAACAGUUCUAAGACAUCUGGAGGUCUGAAUGUUGAUAUGAGGACUGGACGUUUUCAAAGGACGUCGCUCAGGCUGUCGUUGGUAUCUUCUAGGAGGAAGAAUGUUAGGAGGUUGACAUCUACAGAUUUUCCAAGUACGUAUCUAUAA